UGAUUAGGCUAUAAACCUUUCAAAGCAUUUUUUUGUUGUUGUUGUAUUUGACUCAAAGUGAACGACUUGACUGUUUGUUCCAUGCGAAGGUUGUUGCCAACACAGUGGAAACCUCUGGUGGAAACAAGGCUGAAAUCAGGAGAGUCCACCCACAACUACACUGCGCAACCAUCUUUAAGCUCUUCCUGAUUCAAUCGCUUCCCUUCAACAUUCCCGAGCGUCAGAAACAAUCCCAAAGAUGAGUUAUCCUGGUUACCCUCCCUCCGGUGGCUACGCCCCACAACCAGGUGCAUAUCCCCCCCAAGCUGGAGGUUACCCGCCUCAGGCUGGAGGUUACCCGCCUCAGGCUGGAGGUUACCCGCCUCAGGCUGGGGGUUACCCGCCUCAGGCUGGGGGUUACCCGCCUCAGGCUGGGGGCUACCCUUCCCAGCAGGCUGGAGGUUACCCGCCUCAGGCUGGGGGCUACCCUUCCCAGCAGGCUGGAGGUUACCCGCCUCAGGCUGGGGGCUACCCUUCCCAGCAGGCUGGUGGUUACCCUCAACCAGGUGGAGGUUUCCCUCAGGGGGGAGGCUUCCCUCCUCAGGCCGGAGGCUAUCCUUCCAUGCCUCCAGCACAAGGUGGUUGGGGUGGAGCCCCUGCUGGUGGAAUGCCAGGCGGAGGUAUGCCCCAGGGGUACCCAGGCGGUCCUGCCCCAGGUCAACCCCAGGGGUACCCAGGCGGUCCUGCCCCAGGUCAACCCCAGGGGUACCCAGGCGGUCCUGCCCCAGGACAGCAGCCCAUGCCUGGGUAUCCUGGUGGAGCCCCGGCCCCCAACCCUUCCAUGCCAGGAUAUGGAGGUGGUGUUCCGGCUACUCCUUAUUCACCUGCUAUCAACAGAGGCUAUAGGGGUGUUAUUAAGGACUAUCCAGGCGCUGACCCUCUGAGGGAUGUGGAAGUUCUCCGCAAGGCCAUGAAGGGCUUUGGCACGGAUGAGGCAGCUAUAAUUGAGAUUCUUGGGAGCCGCUCAAACAAGCAGAGGGUUCCAAUGGUUGCAGCCUACAAAACCACUUAUGGGAAGGAUUUAUUUCAUGAUCUGAAGUCUGAGCUGACUGGGAACUUUGAGAAGCUGGCUAUUGCGAUGUUGCAGACACCAACCAGGUUUGAUGCAUCUCAACUCAAAGAAGCCAUAGUGGGUGCAGGUACUGAUGAAGCCUGUCUGAUUGAGAUCCUGUCAUCUCGCUCCAAUGCAGAAAUCAGAGAAAUUAAUCAAAUUUACAAAAACGAGUAUGGUAAGAAACUGGAGGAUGCCAUCAUUAAUGACACAUCAGGACACUUCCGUAGGCUCCUCGUCUCCCUCUGUCAGGGAAAUCGAGACGAGAGGGAACAAGUGGACAUCAACAUGGCCAAACAGGAUGCUCAGAAACUGUAUGCUGCCGGGGAGAACAAAGUGGGGACGGAUGAGUCCCAGUUCAACGCCAUAAUGUGUUCCAGGAGCAAACCCCACCUGAGAGCAGUGUUCAAUGAGUACCAGCAGAUGAGUGGUAGAGACAUUGUGAAGAGCAUCUGCAGGGAGAUGUCUGGAAACGUGGAGGAUGGCAUGGUGGCUGUGGUGAAAUGCAUCAGGAACACUCCUGAAUACUUUGCAGAGAGGCUGCACAAGUCCAUGGCGGGGGCUGGGACCAAGGACAGGACUCUGAUUCGGGUCAUGGUGACUCGCUCCGAGGUGGACAUGCUGGACAUCAGAGAGGCAUACCAGAAGGCCUAUGGGAAAUCACUGUACACCGCCAUCUCUGGUGAUACCUCUGGUGACUACAAGAAGCUGCUGCUGAAGCUGUGUGGAGGAAGUGAUUAGAGAGAUAUGAAGAAAUCCCCAAUAUCAAUCAGGACGGUGACGUCAUAGAAUCAGAAUGAGAAUCAUAGAAUCAGAAGUGUUAUGGCCGUUCUACUCAUUCUAAUUCUAUGGGUGUAGUAGUCCAUGAGAAUGUAACAGACAGGAUUCUAUAUCAACCUGUGAUAUAUGUAGGUUUUUUUUUGCCAAAUUUGUGUCUCCAUGCCAUAAUGUGCUGCGUGACGUAUGUCGUUUUUUUUUGUUGCCAAAUUUGUGUCUCACACCAUAAUGUGCUGUAUGUAGGAUAAUGACUUUAUUUGCUGCAUAUGCAAUCCGUUUUUGUUAUUAUAUAGUCUUGAUUCAUUUUCAAUUUUUUUUAUGAUAUGUGUAAUCAUAUGAUCAGGAUAAUGCCAUUUAAAAACAAUGCAGUACUAUAAUUGACAAAUUAUUAUAUUAGCUAACUGCUAAAUACUAAAUAUAUAGGAAUAUUUCUGGAUUUGUGUCAACACGUGCAAAUAUUUUUGGAUAUUUAGAUACUUAAGAUAUAUAUAUAAAAAGUAGGUUAUUAUAGCUUUAUUGCUGACUGCUAUAUUCUAUGCAAAUUAGCAACUUGUUUAAUUUCAAAUGAAAGCCAAUGAUAAUUAAAUAUCACCACAACAAAGCUGGUAUUUAUUUUCUCUUAUUGACACCUUUUAAUAAUGUAGGCCAUUUUUCCAUUGCUUGUUUCCUAGAUAUGAACACAAUGUUGCCUUUUUAUGCUGCAGACCCAAAGCCGCCAUGGCAUGCAACUCUUUCAAUGAUUUACCAUCUAUUUCGGAAAGCUGUUUAGUUCCAUGCAAGUCAAGAUUUCUGUUUUUCAUUUCGUCUUUCACUGCAAUUUCUAAUAUAAUUUCAGUGUAAGUCGUUGUACAACUAUUUGCCAAUACUUAAAUAUUUCAUUAUUUGUUGUCAAUAUUGUUUAAGGAUUUAUUCAUUGCAUAGGUAUAUACUGUACAGCCAGUACACAUACUGUAUAGUAUCAUUUUAUGCCAGUAGAGGGCAGUUUGAACACAUGUUAAAUUGGCAAUGGAUCCACUGAGGCAUUGGUAACUGGAAAAUGAUAUAAAUAUAUGCUAAUACCACGUUUGUAACUUAUCACAAUGGCCCAAAGGGCUGCCUUUGUCAUGUAGUAACUAACGUUUACAAUCAUUUGGUUGUUGUAAUGUUCACCCAAAGGCUUAUAAUGGUGUCCUUCCUGUCAAAUUAAAAUAUUUUGACUGGCAA